AUGUCGUCCAACCAUCGUACCCAGGAACCGCUUCCCCUCCCCGAGCACGACGUGUUUCUUCCCGGUAAUACCUCCGUGCUGCCGAAGCGCCGAGGCGCUCGAACCCGCAGCCAGCCUCCUGCGCAGAGCCAGGGGAAGGACGUCGGGCGUGGCGACGACGACGACGCAGGCCCCGCCACACCGGCCGCGAACGACGGUACGUCUCUCCUAGACGCCGACUACCGCGCCAAGUUGCGUCUCCCACCGCGGCCUACGCCUCCCCCCACGAUUGCCAAAUCUCGCCGCCUCUGGGUAGACCGUCUCGACGCCCUCCAAGCCCGCCUCGUCGACGUUGACACCCGCUUCGACGAGCAGGAAGCACGCUACGAUGCCAUGGCCGAGCGCCAGCUCCAGUGGGAGGCCGCACGCGCGGGCGACGUCCAGCUUCGCCAAGACACAAUGGAGGUGCUGGGCGAGAUUGGAGAGCGCUUGGGUGCGCUGGAGGAGCGGGCCGAUGCGCUUUUCAAGACAGUGGGCUGGGCGUGGUUCACAGGGGCCGUGGUCUUGCCGGCUGCUGGAUGGGGCGUAUGGGAUGCUGUUGCGCGAUGGGGCUGA